AUGGGCUUGGGCCCGAGGUGGUCGCCGUGGGCGGCGUUGCCGUUCUCUCCUCGAUCUCGCAAGGGAGGCGGAGGGGGAUGGGGAUUGGGAGGGCUCAAGGCCAUCGGUUGGAUCCUCUUCGCCGGCGUCUCCUUCCGUCUGCUCUGCUCCUUCUCUUCCUCUUCGUCUCUGUCGCCGGAUAUCAAGGAAGAAUCUGACGUGGAUACUACUUGCAUAGGAAAAUGUGACCUUUUCAAUGGAGAGUGGCUACCGAAUCCCUCUGGCCCAGCCUAUACAAAUUCAAGUUGUCGAUUUAUUGAUGAUCACCAAAAUUGUAUGAUGAAUGGUAGACCAGACACUGGAUAUCUUCACUGGAGGUGGAAACCUUAUGAAUGUGAUUUGCCACCGUUUGAUGAAAUUAGAUUUCUAGGUGCUAUGAGGAACAAAGCAUGGGGCCUUAUUGGUGACUCCAUUCUUCGUAACCAAGUCCAGUCCUUGAUAUGCCUUCUGUCUAAGGCCGACGAACCUGUUGAGGUCUACCAUGAUAAAGAAUUCAAAAAUAGGAGAUGGCACUUCCAAUCAUACAACUUCACUGUGUCCCUCGUUUGGGCUCCCUUCCUCGUCAAAUCAGAGGUUUUUGAAAAUGAGAAUGGCGAGUCCACUUCCGAGAUCCAGCUUCACCUUGACAUACUUGAACCAACCUGGAUAAGUCAGUACGAGAGGUUUGACUAUGUUGUGAUUGCCGGUGGACAGUGGUUUCUUAAGACUGCGGUCUACUGGGAGAGUGGUAAGGUGUUAGGCUGUCAUCAUUGCCAGGACAAGAACCUAACUGAAGUCGGGUUUGAGCACUUGUAUCGCAGGACUUUACAAGAGGUACUCAAAUUCAUCACCUCGGCACACCAUAAGCCAGUUGUCCUCUUCAGAACAUGGGCGCCUGAUCACUUUGAGAACGGCGAGUGGUUCAGCGGUGGAACCUGUAACAGGGUAUUGCCUUACAAGAAGGGAGAGUACGGUGGGAAAUACAUGGAACAUAUCAUGAGGGGGAUCGAGCUUGAGGAGUUCAACAAGGCCGUAACAGCGGCCAAUAGCUCAAGGGAUGUGGUGAAACUGAAGCUCUUGGACACUUACAGCAUUUCGUCCAUGAGACCUGACGGCCAUGCUGGUCCUUACAGGAUGUUCCAUCCAUUUGCACAGGGCAACAAGGAUGGCUCAUCGGUUCAGAAUGAUUGCCUGCAUUGGUGCGUGCCAGGGCCCAUCGACGCCUGGAACGAUCUGAUUAUGAAGCUGGUUCUCAACUGA